UUUAGACCAAUACUAUGGCUGUGCUAUGAGCGGAUCGAGGCUAUAAUGGGCUAUGUUUGAUUUCCCCCACAGAAUUGGUGGACAUCGGAACUUCAGGGAAAUUGCGGAAUUCCCUCCCUGCUGAAAAGGGAUUACCCAACAAUCAGCAGUGAAAUUUUUACAUAAAAAACGGCCAUCAAACGAUGUCAAAGGCAACUUCUACCUUGUCAACUGUCUAUAGACAUAGCAGUAACCCUACUCCGUAUAAUGUGCCAAAAUGGGCUCGUAGUUUACAACGAAUACCAAAGAAUUUCGUUGAAUUGGCGAAGCACGACAGCCCAAUCCAUGAAUGGAGGCCCCCAGGUGUACCCGAUGAUGUGCAACUUUACAUCAAAAGAGAUGAUAUGACUGGUAGCACACUUUCUGGAAAUAAAGUUCGAAAGUUAGAGUUCCUCCUGGCUGAUGCCCUACACAAAGGUUGCAAGCACAUCAUCACUUGUGGCGGUUUGCAGUCCAAUUUUUGCCGUGCCACAGCAGUGGCCGCUGCUCAGCUUGGAUGCCAGACACACUUGGUUCUGAGGACAGAUAUAGAGAAACCUGAAGAAGUCGAGUGCAAUGGCAACAUCUUCCUGAACAGAUUGUGUGGAGCAGAGAUGUACCUCGUUCCCAAGCAAUCACCAUAUCUGACCACUCUUAAACCAAUGAUGGAAAGGAUUGCUCAGAAACUUAAGGCGGAGACAGGCGAGGCGUCGUACAUAAUGACUGUUGGUGGGUCAACGAGUGUUGGUCUGUUUGGAUACAUUACUGCUUUCCAGGAGCUUAUCAGUCAGGGUGUCCAGGAAUACUUUGAUGAUAUCGUCGUGACGGUAGGAAGUGGAGGCACCUCAGCUGGACUCGCCAUCGCUAAUUAUCUCACUGGGGGCAAGCUCAAAAUCCACGCUGUGGCGAUUUGUGACAGCGCUGCUUACUUUCAUAACCACGUGAAUGAAACACUCCAGGAGGUGGGGUUGAACGACAUCAGAUCAGAGGAUAUACUAGACAUAAUUGAGGGAUACAAGGGACUCGGUUAUGGGAUAUCUACGCCAGAAGAACUCGACUUUAUAACGCAGGUUAGCCAAUCCACUGGCAUUAUGCUUGACCCAGUCUACACAGGAAAAGGUGCCCGUGGGAUGCUGACUGAGUUGGGAAGGGAUCAAGAACGCUUCCAGGGCAAGCGAGUGCUUUUCAUUCAUACAGGAGGUGUGUUUGGUCUUUACGAUGGUGCAAUCAACAGCAUGCUGAAGACAGGGAAUGCCGCUACUAAUCGAGUUCACAUGUACAAAGACAUCUUCCGAGAGGAGAACAUGUGAUAUGACAUGUCACAAAUUCCGAACCGUUACGUGAUUUUAUAUCCUUUUUGCCAUAGUCACAGCCUCCAGCAUAGCUGGAUACAGAGGUGGCUUGACUACAGGUCUAGCAAUCCACGAUGGAGUCUGUUUCUUGCAUGUGAUGUGAGGAAAGAGGACAAUAUCUUGGAGAUUAGUUUGCUCAAGGAAGCAGUUGUAGUUGACUUCACAGAGAUAGUCUAAUAUUGGACAAUCAAUGAAAAACAUGGAAACAUUGAAUUGAGAAAAUAUAUUAAUUUAUUGAACAUAUUGAAAUAAAAAUGAAAUUCAGGCACCUCAAGACGUACAAGCGGA